GUCUCAAACUCCUGACCUUGUGAUCCGCCUGCCUCAGCCUCCCAAAGUGUUGGAAUUACAGGUGUGAGCCACGGCCAAUUUCUUACAAUUUUGUUAACUGGUCACCUCUCUUUCACAAUCAUAUAAAAAUAAGGGUAGAGGUGGUCAAAGGCCCAGCUAUUCAGUAAGAUUUUUAUGGGGUAAUUUGAGGGUAGAAUAGUUGCAGAUAAUAUUCAGAAUAAGUAAUGUGGUAUUCAUAGGUAUUAUAUAUGUUAUAUAGAUAUCAGUAUUUACUUAAUAACAUUAUUUGACGUAUACUCUAUACUUAAAUCUUCCUAGUUAUCCCAAAAAUCUUUAUAGCUUUUCCCCCCUCAAAUGCAGGAUUCAUGCAAGGUUAAUGCAUUGCAUUUGGCUGGUAUGUCUCUUUAAGUCUCCCCCAGUCUGGACUAGUUUCCUACCGCCUUCCUCUCUUCUUUAGAUUUAUCUGUUGAGAAGUAGAGACUGUAUGUCCUGGAGCAUGUUCCACAUUCUGAAUUGGUUUGUUCCUCACAAUUAGAUUCUAGUCAGACAUUUCUGGUGAGACCACCACACAGAUGAUGUGUAUUUCUACUGCUGUAUUACAUCAGGAGGCACAUGAUUUCAGGCUGUCACUCUAUUGGUAAUGCAAGUUUGAUCACUUGGUAAAGGUGGGACUGACAGAUCUCUGUACUAUUUAGUAAAUAAUUUGUAGAGGAUACUUAAUAGCCAUGUAAAUAUCCUAUUCCUUGACACCCUUUACCCAGUGAUUUUGGUAUCCAUUAAUGAUCCUUGCUUGAAUCAGUCAUUAUGUUGGAGGAUUACAAAUGGUGACUUUCUUUUUCAUUCCUUCUGCUUUUAUUACCUUCUUUGACUUUUUCAGGGCAUUGAGGUCAGGUUAGAUAAAUUCUGAAUAUAGGCCACUGAAUGUAGAAAUCAGGUCAUUCCUAACCUUUCCUGGAGCCAAGUAAGUGGUGAAGAUGGAAGACAGCUAAGGAGGUAGACCAAAAAGAGAAUAGAGGUUUGCCAGUGAAGGGGAGGUAAGACGUAGUAGCUGGAGGAGGCAGGGAGGAGGGAAAGGGCCUUCAUUUGGUGCUUGAACUUUUUUUUUUUUGAUAGGCCGAUGAAGAGAUCAAACAUAGAAUUGGGGAAUAACUAAUAGAAAAAGGUCCCAGAUGAAGCAGGAAGAGGUAAGAUCAAGAACAGCUCUUAGGGGAUUAACUCUGGAAAAGAGUAGACACCUAUACUCUAUCUCAGAAAGUUAGGAGUUGUGUAUAGAUGAUAAUUAGAUACAUUUGGAUAUGGAGGGAAAAAACUACAUCUGGGGCCUUUGUUUUUUAAUUUUUUUUUUUAAUAGUUACUUUUUGAGCCUUGGGUUGUUGAAAGUAGGCAGGCUAGGGGACUUGAGGAGAGUGUUGAAAGUGUUACACAUCUUGUGGGGAAUGGAGAAGAGAAGUGUUUCAAGAUAAAUAAGUGAAAGAAUUGCUGAGCAGCAUCAGAAGCUCAUUGGAGACUGGAACUCAUAAAUUUGUAAUCAGCAUAUUUUACUGUUUUUUCUGGCAGUGUUCUGCAACCAGGAGAAAAGCAAAGACAGAUUGUAUUGAAGGUGGAUGAGGGAGGAGAGAUGCAAGGGAAACAAAGUAAUGGGGAUGUAGGCCAAGUAAUGAAGUGGGCUACGAUACCCAACCAGUGGGGAGGGAUGUAAGGGUAGUGCCAAGCAGUGAUUAAUUAAAAUACUAAUUUAUUGUUUGUUUGAGGUUAUAGUAAUCAUAAACCCUGUUUUUACUUUUCCCUUAAACUAACAUUUAAUAUUUUUAUUUGUGAACUAUUUACUGACUUAAUGCAGAUGUCUCUUAGCUAUUUUGCUUUAUUUUCCCUAAAAUGAAAAUUUCUUGAAAGUAUCAUCUUUGUUACUUAAUAAGUGUCUAAUAGUUUAUAUAUUUGACACAUUUAUUCAAUAACUCUGAAUGAGUGAUUUUAAGAUUAUCUUACUAAUAUUUGGCUGGGACACCAAGAAGAGAAUACAAGUGUCUAAUAUGGUUCAUUUUGACUGACAAAAAUUUCACUAGUUAUACAGUAUAUCAAUGGCCCAAAGGAGUAAGAAAGCAUCCAAGUUUUUUUUUUGUUGUUGUUGGAAUUUUUACAUGCUAGAGACAGAUUUUAUCUUAGUAUAGUUUAUUCAUAUUCCAGGCCUGUGACCCUUAAUCAAUUUUUUUUUUGUUUUCUUUUGAGACGGAGCCUGGCUAUGUCGCCAGUCUGGAGUGCAGUGGGGUAAUCACGGCUCACUGCCACCUCCCCCUCCCAUGUUCAAGUGAUUCCUCUGCCUCAGCCUUCCGAGUAACUGGGACUACAUGCAUGCACCACCACGCCCAGCUAACUUUUUAUAUUUUAGUAGAGACAGGGUUUCACCAUGUUGGCCAUGAUUGUCUGGAUCUCCUGUCCUUGUGACCUGCCCACCUCAGCCUCCCAAAGUGUUGGGAUUACAGGCAUGAGCCACCGCGCCUGGGCCUCCCCUUAAUUUUAAUGGCUGCUAUAAUGUUAUAAUUCUCUGAUGAGUGCUGGGGAAAAAAAGACAUUGCUUUUAUUUGGAAUAUUAUCUAGACUUAAAAAUUAUAUAUUAUUUUAUGAGGACAUCUAUGAUUUUUAUUCCUGAUAAAGAUGUCACAUGAAAUAGCAUUUGUUUUAUAAGCCAUUUAAAAAUAUUUAAGUCUAAGAUUACAAAUUGUUAUAAUUUUUAUCCUUCUAGUCACUAUUAUUUCUUAUUGUUCCUUGUCACUAAAUAAAAAGUAAAUAAGUAACUUUGGGAAGCGCAUGCAUUCAGAGUUUCCUGCAAAGCACAGGGUCUCGUAAAUGCUAUAUGAGGAUGUAAAGAAAAAGCAAAUUAGAUUACUACAACUUUGUUCUUAUUUUCUGGGUUCCUUAAGCCUCUUCCAUACUUCUUUAAUGCUCAAGAGGACUAUAGAAGUUCUUAUUUAUAUGACAGCCCCAAUGUUAGUAUUUCUUGAGAGUAUGUUUCGAUUGUACCUUCAAUAUUGAGAUUUUUGUGAGCAAUAAUAUAUGUGAUAUGCAUUUAAAAAAAUUUAAGGAUUUUUAAAAAUUCUGAUUAAACUACAUUUUGUCAAAUGAUAAAUCUUAAGUAUAGUGUAGAAGUAUAUUGCUAUUUGUGUAUAGGUAGUGUGAAAAACUUAACUAUACCAUUUACUAGAAAUUGACUCUUACAUUUCAAAAAUGUUGUGUACUUCUUAGAAUGUGAGAUAUUUGAUGUAUUUUGUAGGCAAACAGCAAGAAACCAACUAAAGGAUGAGAUUAAAGAGGAACAAGAAAAGGUGGUGGAGAAAGGAGGGGGCAGAGUUUUUACUACGGCAACAAAAUCCUGAGUUCUAUCAGACUGAUCUUUGUUGAGUGGUGAUUUUAUGCAAUGGCUUCAAGCCACAGUUCUUCACCAGUGCCUCAAGGAAGCAGCAGUGAUGUUUUCUUUAAAAUAGAGGUAGAUCCGUCAAAACACAUUCGACCUGUGCCGUCACUGCCAGAUGUGUGUCCCAAGGAACCCACAGGUGAUUCACAUAGUUUAUAUGUUGCCCCAUCUCUAGUUACAGAUCAACAUAGAUGGACUGUAUAUCAUUCCAAAGUAAAUCUCCCAGCAGCAUUAAAUGAUCCUAGAUUAGCAAAAAGAGAAUCUGACUUCUUCACAAAAACAUGGGGAUUGAACUUUGUGGAUACUGAAGUCAUACCUUCAUUCUACCUCCCACAGAUCAGCAAGGAACAUUUUACAGUAUAUCAACAGGAAAUUUCUCAGAGAGAGAAGAUUCAUGAGAGAUGCAAGAAUAUUUGUCCUCCUAAAGAUACCUUUGAAAGGACUCUUUUACAUACUCAUGAUAAAUCCAGGACAGAUCUGGAGCAAGUACCUAAGAUUUUUAUGAAACCAGAUUUUGCCUUGGAUGAUUCCUUAACUUUUAAUUCAGUUUUACCAUGGUCUCAUUUUAAUACUGCUGGUGGAAAAGGAAAUCGUGAUGCAGCUUCCUCAAAGUUGCUUCAAGAAAAGCUGAGCCAUUAUCUGGAUAUUGUGGAAGUAAACAUUGCUCACCAGAUCUCUCUACGUUCAGAAGCAUUUUUUCAUGCAAUGACCUCUCAACACGAGUUGCAGGACUACCUCAAGAAAACUUCCCAGGCUGUAAAAAUGCUUCGAGAUAAAAUUGCACAGAUUGAUAAAGUAAUGUGUGAAGGAUCACUCCACAUUUUAAGACUGGCACUUACCAGAAAUAAUUGUGUUAAAGUAUACAAUAAGCUGAAGUUAAUGGCCACUGUACACCAGACUCAGCCUACAGUACAGGUGUUACUAUCUACUUCUGAAUUUGUUGGAGCAUUGGACUUAAUAGCAACAACACAAGAGGUUCUACAGCAGGAACUUCAGGGCAUUCACAGUUUCCGGCAUUUGGGAUCACAGCUUUGUGAAUUAGAAAAACUGAUAGAUAAAAUGAUGAUUGCAGAAUUUUCUACUUAUUCUCACAGUGACUUAAAUAGACCACUGGAAGAUGACUGUCAAGUUUUAGAAGAGGAAAGACUGGUAUCUCUCGUAUUUGGACUUUUAAAACAAAGAAAACUUAAUUUUUUAGAAAUCUAUGGUGAAAAAAUGAUUAUUACAGCAAAGAAUAUCAUUAAACAGUGUGUGAUUAAUAAAGUUUCACAAACAGAAGAAAUAGACACAGAUGUUGUUGUGAAGCUUGCAGAUCAGAUGAGAAUGUUGAAUUUUCCCCAGUGGUUUGAUCUGCUCAAGGAUAUUUUCUCUAAGUUUACAAUUUUCCUACAGAGAGUUAAGGCAACAUUAAAUAUCAUUCACAGUGUUGUUCUCUCAGUUCUUGACAAAAACCAAAGGACUAGAGAAUUGGAAGAGAUUUCACAACAGAAGAAUGCUGCAAAAGAUAAUUCACUGGACACAGAGGUGGCUUAUUUAAUCCAUGAAGGCAUGUUUAUAAGUGAUGCAUUCGGUGAGGGUGAGCUAACACCUAUAGCAGUUGACACUACCUCUCAAAGAAAUGCAUCUCCAAAUAGUGAGCCCUGCAGCAGUGAUUCUGUAUCCGAGCCAGAAUGUACUACUGAUUCGUCAUCCAGCAAAGAGCACACAUCAUCAUCUGCUAUUCCAGGAGGUGUGGAUAUUAUGGUUAGUGAAGAUAUGAAAUUAACUGACUCAGAGCUAGGAAAGCUGGCAAAUAAUAUCCAGGAAUUAUUAUAUAGUGCCUCAGAUAUAUGCCAUGAUCGAGCUGUCAAAUUUCUCAUGUCAAGAGCAAAGGAUGGUUUUCUUGAGAAGCUAAAUUCCAUGGAAUUCAUAACACUUUCUAGAUUAAUGGAAACAUUCAUUUUAGACACCGAACAGAUCUGUGGAAGAAAAAGCAUGUCGUUACUUGGAGCACUUCAGAGCCAAGCUAAUAAGUUUGUAAAUAGGUUUCAUGAAGAGAGAAAAACCAAGCUCAGCCUCCUCUUAGACAAUGAGCGCUGGAAGCAAGCAGAUGUUCCUGCAGAAUUUCAGGAUCUUGUUGAUUCUAUAUCAGAUGGGAAGAUUGCUUUACCUGAAAAAAAAUCAGGAACCACAGAAGAAAGGAAACCAGCUGAAGUUCUUAUUGUUGAGGGACAACAGUAUGCAGUUGUUGGAACCGUAUUGCUGUUAAUAAGAAUUAUCCUUGAAUAUUGCCAGUGUGUGGAUAACAUCCCAUCUGUUACUACUGACAUGCUUACUCGUCUGUCAGAUUUAUUGAAGUACUUCAAUUCAAGAAGUUGCCAGUUAGUUCUUGGAGCUGGUGCACUGCAAGUUGUUGGACUAAAAACGAUAACUACAAAAAAUUUGGCUCUUUCUUCACGAUGUUUGCAGUUAAUUGUGCACUACAUUCCUGUGAUCCGGGCUCAUUUUGAAGCUCGACUACCACCUAAGCAAUAUAGCAUGCUUAGGCAUUUUGAUCAUAUCACUAAGGACUACCAUGAUCACAUAGCUGAAAUAUCAGCUAAGCUUGUAGCGAUAAUGGAUAGCUUAUUUGACAAGCUGUUAUCUAAGUAUGAGGUGAAGGCUCCCGUUCCUUCUGCCUGUUUCAGGAAUAUUUGUAAGCAAAUGACAAAAAUGCACGAAGCUAUAUUUGAUCUCCUUCCAGAAGAACAAACACAGAUGUUAUUUUUAAGAAUUAAUGCAAGUUAUAAACUCCACUUGAAAAAGCAGUUAUCUCACUUAAAUGUGAUAAAUGAUGGAGGACCUCAAAAUGGGUUGGUCACAGCAGAUGUAGCUUUUUACACUGGAAAUCUUCAAGCCUUAAAAGGCCUUAAAGAUUUGGACCUAAAUAUGGCCGAAAUUUGGGAGCAGAAGAGGUGAUGUCAUACUGGAAAACCGGGUAGUUCAUCUGACCAUGGGAUGUGUUUGUUAUGAAGAAAAUCUGGAUGCCUGUGAUUUGAGAAUUGAACCUGAAACCCAAAGUGAACUGGGGUGGGGGAAGGGAAAAAGGAAAGUAUCAGUGUUGGGAAACUAGAUUCAGUGGGAUCUACAAGGAAUGUCAUUUUUGUGCAUCCUGCAGUGAGGAGUAACUGAUCAGGUGUCUAUAACAUUUUUCAUUCUCUCUGGAAACAGACUCAGGUUUCUUUGGACCAAAUCCAAAAGAACACAUAGCUGUAACACAGCUGUAGUUGACUAGAAUGCUCUGUAUACUUUAUAUUAAAAAAUGCUUUGCAUUUCUUCCAGUGCAAUGAAAUUCAUAUGGUGUCCCACCUUAUUUAAUGAUGGUACAAUUUAAAAUCUUAAAAUCUUAGUCAACCUCUGUAGAAAGUUUUCUCUAUGAAAGUAAAGCUGUUUGAAAAAUUAUUUUUUUACAGAUCUUUCUAUAAAAAAUAAACAUCUUUUGAUUGCUUGGAUUUAGGAAUUCAAUUUUUGUUUCAGUGACCAAUGUCAAGUUGCAGGCUUUGUGUGUUGCAUAUUUAAUAUUUCUACUACCACCAUAUGUCAACUGGGUAAAGCCUUCCAGAGCUGUCUAAAUACCUGAAAGAAAAGACUUAAGUCUUUUUUUAAGUAAUACUUAAAAAAAAAGAUACUGUCAUCUAUUUAUGCAACUAAAUACUUUUCAGAAAUGGUAUAUAAAAGGCUACAGUUUAAUAUCUGUAUUUUUAUAAAAGUAUGAAGGGUUUGGGGUGUUUUUAUUUGUAGCAGAGGUAAGAAUAUGUAUUCAUAUAAUCUGCCUACUUUUGAGUUCUCAUUUUAACAUUUAGAUAACAUAAUGAAGUAUGGCCCCCUUGGAUCCUUGUUUUUAAGUUACUUUCGAUGUGUAUAUGAACAAAGACCAGGGAGAAACAGAACUUUUAAAAAUAUCGGCUGCUGUGUUGGGGCCAGAAAUAAGGUGACAAGUAAAGACUUUUAUAAUACCUACCUUCAACAUGAGAAUCAGCAGCACUCUACAAAUGAAAGUGCCUGUGCCUCACCUCACACCAAGAAUCUUGCCUAACCCUGUCAGAGUGCCUAAUAUCCUGUGGUGAUUAUGUACAAUGAAACAGUCUUAUUUUGUGCUCUUUGGUUUCUUAAAAGGAAAGCUUGUUUUCUUUCCUUUAUCAUUACAGAGGUAUGUCAUUGGUUCUUAAACUAUCUAUCUGUCUAAAAUAAAGCUGUAAAAAAUUAAC